GGAAGGAUAGUGUUCGCACUUGCAGAGUGAACCUGCUUUGCUUAUCUUUUAAUCGUUGCUUGGAAAGUCCCUCUGUAAAUAAUGCGUGCAUGUAGCGGCAGUGCCGGUAUUUUGGCAUUGAAGUAAAAAAUUAAUCAUUUCAUUUAAAUGCGAGCGCUGAAGACUCGACGCGUAGAUGAUAUCUCUCCGGGGACCCGUGCAGUCAUCGACUCUUAUUCGUUGUGUCAAAUCUGUUUAGAGUCUGUGAUCUGUACGUAUGCAUGUACAAUACAUGCAUGCAAUACCUACGUAAUGUGUAAUGCAUAUGCGCGUACGCACAUCCCUGAAGUGAAUUUAAUAAAGCUGUAAAUAUCUUCAAAAUACCUAUCGUGAGAAAAUUAAUCAAAAAUAAAUAAAACAAAAUCAAAAUCAAAAUCAAAAUCUGAAACAUCUAUUAUUAGCUUACGCCUCGUCGUGUGUUGUUCAGUUUGUUUAAAGAACGCUUAAAAAUACAUUGUAUUGCUAACUGCUCGUCAGCGAUAUUUCACGUUUUUCCAAUAAAACGUCUGGUCAGAAGAAAUACAGAAAACAGAACACAGUAAACCAGUAAAUAGAAUGUUUUUUCGCCGUCACCUUGUUCGCGAACGGCCGUUUUGAUCGUAAAUACGCUUUUUAUAUAGUAAAUUUCAAUAUCGUGUACGAAUAAGUGUGUCAUGUUCAGAGCUUCGUGUGGUUAAUUAUCCAGGAUUUUGUAAUAAAUGCAAUAUAACUGUACUCCGCGGUCAACCAGUCGGCGGCACCAACCGAAGUAUCCGGGUUUCAAUUCUUCGCCGACGACUUACAGCGGAGCUUCAAGUGUGUGCCGAAAAUUGUGCUUCAAACUUCAAACUUGUAUACAUACUUGACCGAGUUCUCGAACGACUGUAUAAUUCCGAGAUAUUGAAUGUAUAAUAAAAAUCUGACAACUCGUUGUGAUUCGAAGAUCCGUCUUCAACGGCGAAACGUCGAACGUCGAACGUCGGAUGAUAAAUCUAUCCGCAUCGUAUAAUGCAGAGGCGGUAAAGCGUUAGAAAAAGAAGUGACAUAAAAUACCGAAACGUACGAUUCUCAGAGAGACGUUGCUGUUGAUAAAUCGAUAAAAAGGAAGGUUCGAUUCCAUCAACGGGUCAAGAGGCUGCAAUAAUUAAUAAUUUCGCGAGGAGCUGUCGGCCGUUGAAAGGUUAACAUUUUCAAAACACACGCAUUUUAACUUAAAAGACGAUGACGAUGACGAUGACGAAACUACAGUCAGGGACGAAACGAACGAUGAAACGUUCGACGUGAUUACCUUGUACUUAAAUCACCAUAAUACCAACAAUAAAUCACACUAAUGUUCGUCUGUGGUCGGAGCGCAAUGCCAGUGCAUCAAAUCAAUGUUUAUCCGCCUGAUUGGCAACCCCAACCUCCUCUAGGUCCGUCCAGCAACGUCAGUCCGGGAAGCGGGGAGCCUCCGCCGGAAUGGAUACCAAGGGAACCGGCGUAUGCAACAGCCGUCACAGUCAUACCUGAUCAUUCACACUCUUCGAUGAGUACCUUGUCUUCAAACAGUCAUGACAUUUGCAGAAUAUGCCACUGUGAAGGUGAGAUCGGCGCUCCUCUACUGGCACCAUGUUAUUGCAGUGGAAGUCUACGCUACGUUCACCAAGCUUGUCUUCAACAGUGGAUAAAGGCUUCAGACACACGCGCCUGUGAAUUAUGUAAAUUCACUUUUAUCAUGCAUGCCAAAACAAAACCAUUUUCAGAGUGGGAAAAACUUGAAAUGUCUGCACUGGAGGUGCGAAAAUUAUGGUGUGCCGUAGCUUUUAACGCAGUCGCAGCAUUAUGCAUUGCAUGGUCGCUGUACGUACUUGUGGAACGUUCCAUUGAGGAGGCACGCAGAGGGUCCAUGAAUUGGCCAUUCUGGACAAAAAUGAUCGUUGUUGUGAUUGGCUUCACAGGAGGCCUGGUGUUCAUGUAUAUCCAAUGUAAGGCAUACAUUAUGCUCUGCAAAAGAUGGCGGGCAUUCAACAGAGUAAUUUUCAUACAGAAUGCCCCAGAAAAAGUCGUGCUUCCACCGUCUCCUGCAGAUUCUCUCAGAGAUAUGACGAUGCACUUGAAAGAUCCAUCGGUCUCUAUGUCCGAGCAGAGUCAUACUUUGUUACCGCGCACCGACCCAGCUGGGGCGUCACAAACGAUGAAAUCAGAAUCCACGCCACCCCCCCAAAAGCAUGAAGCUCAACUUAAACUUUACGUAUUUGACAAGCUAUCUACAUCGGAAGACAAUUUGUAUAACAAAAGUGAUAAUUGCUAAAUAAGUGACAAUUUAUGAAUAUAUAUUUAAUCGGUACCUAAUUGUGACCCCAAGAAUAUAGUGAAAAGAACGAAUAUUCGAACGGAAACUAGAUUUGAACAGAUGAAAGGGCUGUGUUUAUUAAUUUGGUAGUUUUGAUAGUAUAAAAUGACAAAAUUAGUUAUGUAUUUAUUAUGAUUAUUAUUAUUAUUAUUAUUACUGUUGAAAAUACGAUACAGCGUUUUGUUGUUAAUUUUUUUAUAUAAUAUAAAAAUAUCAUGAACAAAGUUACCAUUUAAUACUGUUUAAUCUAUUCUACUUGCACAAUGGAUACGUAGGGUGCAAACUAAUGGCAAUUUUCUGAAGGAUAACGCGUCUGAGAAAAUUGUUACUUGUUAUUAACGUUCUUACAAGUUACACGUGUGUGCAUAUGCGUAUGUACUUGUGAUUUUUGUCAGUGCAUCUACCAUAUCGUCAUAUUAAUUAUUGUAAUCCUAAAAACCAUCGUUAAUCUUACUACUUGCAAGGAGAAUAUCAGACCUUUGAAUCACGGACUCUGCUGAAACUUCCAGGGAUUUUUCUUUGCCCAAAAUAUAGAGUUACCGACGGGUAGUUCCAGCUAUUGGGACUUCUUUCACUCAAUUUACAAUAAAUUAAAUUGUCGAAAAUUCGCAAUUUAUGCUUCACUAUAGCUCUAAAAUAAUAGUUUGUAUAUCGGUUUACACUUGGAUCUAUAAUAUCCUGUCAUUUAUUAUCAUAUUUCACUUAUCAAACUGCUAAUGCAAUUAAUUUGACUUGGAGUGAAGAGUCCUAAGUGAUGAAAUUACGUAUCACAGGCUUCUAUUUUGAGGCUGAACACACGACCCUCAAAGUUUGAACAGAAUUCAUGAUACAGAGGUCUGAUACUUUCCUCGUUAGUACACAUACUUUAUACUGUAUUCUUAGUCGGAAUUUGGUACUUCAGUACUUAGAUUGACAGCGGGGUGCUCCAAAGUUCGAAGCGGAGGUCUCGAACAAGUAUGUACAUAAUUAUUGUAUCUGUGAUGUUAAUAAAAAAACUUUAAGACAUUUCAAU